AUGUUAGACAAGAAUCAUGUAGAUCCAAGUGCUCCUACCUAUCAUUUUCAAAAACGGAUUCGUCAAUUGAUCGAAGAACAAAAACUUCCGAAUCCGAAUCCUGUUGACGAUAAUAAUAUUAUUCUGCAUAUACCGCCGCCCAUACUAUAUCCACGUCAACAAUUAAAACGACUAUUAGAAAUAGCAGUAUGUAAUAUUCCAUUUCGGUUCCUUAAUAAAACAUAUUUACAAAUUGAAGGAGUAGCAAUGGGUUCCCCACUUGGUCCUAUAUUAGCAGACUUAUUUAUGACAAAGCUUGAACAAAACCUUAGCAGAUUUUCAACAAAUAAACCUUAA